AUUUAUUUCUAUGGGCAGGCAUUAGUAUGUCACGGUUCCUAUCUCUACACGGUCGGUGGUACUACUGGGUAUGAAUAUACCUGCGACAUUCACCGAUUCGAUUUAAGAAGAGGCGUCUGGGAAGUGGUGUACAUUUGCUCGGGCAAGGACGAGUCGGAGCCACACGGAAGGUACAGGCAUGAGCUUGCUUUUGACGGCAAGAUGAUUUAUGUUUUGGGUGGUGGCACCUCGACAGAAUCUUAUGGCUUUUCGGAAAUACCGGCGUUCGAUUUGAAGACCAACAGUUGGAGGAUUUUGAGCACGCACGGUGAUACUGAAGAGACCAUGGUGCCGGCACCACGACGUUGUCACGGUUCCGUUCAGUACACGGACGAGAAGAGCGGCGUUACCUCGGUCGUUAUAUCGGGCGGUUACAACGGCGACUGGGUGUUCUCCGACGUUUGGCGGCUUGACCUCGGCACGCUGCAGUGGACGCGCCUGAGAGAGUGCAUCCUACCCUGCCCAGUGUACUUUCACUCGGCUGCGCUGACUCCAGAGGGUCGCAUGUAUAUAUUCGGUGGUAUAGUCAAAAUGAACAACAAGGUACAGAGAACAAAUGCGGUUCACUCCGCUUGGCUAACAAUUCCCAAAUUGUCUGAGAUCUGCUGGCAAGCGUUGAAUUAUUAUUACCCGAACUUGAAGGAUAGUUCACCGGACAAGCUGCUUCACAUGGGGAUACCAUUAAAAUUCGUGGAUCCACACAUGAGCACGCUUGACCCGAGCCAAGCCGAACGAGAGCCGAACAAAUUCGCACGAUGCUUGCUCAAGCGUCUAUUUGGAAGUAUUCGGAAGUGAUCCAGACGUUCGGCAGGUAGUGAAAAUAGCGGACGAAGAUUUGGAAGAUGCAUUUAUCAGUUUCUGUGACCUACUGUACGAAGAUAAGAUGAAUUCUCUUUCUUCCUCCGAACACGGCUUACCUUCGAACAUUCGCUCUGGCCCGUUCACACACAUUCAUACGAAUGGCAAAUGCUCGGAUCUGAUCCACGACUCGCGGAUCGGUUUGAGCGCGUUCGGCGAACGGUCUGGGCCUGUUCGGCUUGGCUUGGAUCAUCGUCCACACCAAUACGUUCAUUCGUGUUCGGCUUGGCUCGGAUCCGAGCGUGCUCAGAUGUGGACCCGCCUUUAAAUAGGCAUCAUGUACUUUUUUAUUUUUUGCAUCGCUUUUUUCUUUUUUUGAAUCAUUUUACUUUUUUUUAAACAAAUGUCAUUAUUUUGAAUGUCAUAUUGUUUAUUAAGAUAUUAAGUCCCCGUAAGCGACUUCAGAGUUUGAUUGCUCGAAUAUAGAAUUAAGCUUGACGGAUGAACGACCCUCUAAUUAUUCUGAGCAGUAUAUCAUGCAUCGUAAUUACGCAGUAGAUUUUCGGUGCUGUUUGCUAAGACGUAUUAGCUGUACAUUAAAUAUUCACUAAUAGAGAGAGAGAUAUAUAUAUAUAUAGAUAUUGUAAAUACAAAAAUGGAAAAGAGAAAUACAGAACAAUCGAAUCUUCCGA